AUGCACAAUUUUCAAAAGCCAGAAAACGCCCUUAAAAGGGCCGCGGAGCUCCGCAACAUCGGACAAAAUGAUGAAGCCCUGCAGAUUCUACACUCAGCAAUAGGUCACAGAUUCUUUAGAACCCAGGGAUGGGAUACUACACAGGAGCGUAUCAUGUUGGAGUACGUUGCUCUCUGCAUAGACCAGGAUAAAUUGAGAAUGGCUAGAGAUGGCUUGCAUCAAUACCGUCUAAUUGCGCAACACGCCAACGUAGCUUCACUUGGAAAGGUUAUCGUAGAGCUUUUAGACCGUGCAGAGAGUCGUCUUCACAAAAUAAAGGCAACAAUUCCAACUGGAGAGGAGAAAGUCGACAUCAGUGAUUAUGAUGAGUCACCAGAUACUCUGAUUGCCUGCACUCUUCAAGUAGAGCUGCGUGAUCCCACCACCAAGACUUUGCAUGAUGUCUACCGAUUCUUGUGGGAAAUUUACAAGAUGAUUCUGGACAUCAUGAGGGCAACGCCAAAACUAGAAAAGGUUUACCAUGAAACUGCUAGGAAAGCCAUUGUGUUCUGCAGGGAGAAUGGUAGAGUUCCAGAAUUUAAGCGUCUGUGUGACGUUCUCAGAGGUCACUAUUCCUUUUUACUCAAGGUAUCAAACAAGCCUGAGAUGGAGUGUAUGCUAAGACCAGAACUUCAUAUUGAAACCAGAAUCAAUCAGCUUAUUAGUGCCUGUGAUAUGGGACUCUGGAAGGAAGCCUUUAACACCGUUGAAGACCUAUAUACACUUGGUAUUAGGGAUUACAUUACAAAGACAUUCCAAGGUUCUGUAUCAGUACUUGGGCAGCAAAAGGAGAAGUUGUUGAAAUGGCUUGCAAUUUUCUAUGAAAAGCUUGCCUUGAUUUUCUGGGUGUCUGAUCUUCACCUAUUCCAUGCUUUGGCGGUACUUCGUUAUGUUAUGCAUAUUAGAAUGUACAAGAAGAAAGUUUCCCAGGAGGAUAUUACUUAUCUAUCUUCUAAAUCUGUUUUGGCUGUUUUGUCCGUUCCAAACUAUCAAAAGGAACCAAACAAGUCCAAUGAUCUAACAUCCGUUUUAUCAACCUCAUCGUAUGAAAUGCAAAAGAGAAUGUCCACUUUACUAGGUUAUAACACUAUACCAAACAAGGAAUCUCUUCGUUAUGCACUAACAAUGAAGAAUAUACUUCCAUUGGCUGAUGAAAACACCAAGAAAUUAUAUUCAUUAAUAGAGAAUGAAAGUGACAACUCCAUGAAGCUUUGUCUACAGCUCGUACCACUCUUGACUGAGAAGGAGGAAGAAGAGGAAGAUGGCGCAGCAAAAACUGGAGAUAAAUUCUGCGACAAACUAUCAAUUUACUAUCCAAAGAUUAAGAGCGUAGUCUUCCACAAGGUUUUACUGAUGAUAUCAAAGGUCUAUGCUUCAAUGACCAUUAGUUUCUUCACAAAAUCCAUCUGCCCACCAGAAUUUUACGAGUGGAAUGAUGCUGAAAAGGAAAUUGUGGAAUUGGUUCACCGUGGUUUAUGUCACAUCCGUUUUGAUUAUGCAAACAGCGUUCUAUACUUUAAUUCGUCAUCGGUAUCUGCGGAUUCCAUAGCGUCAAUUCGCCACCAAUUGACUGAUUUGGGAAAGAAUCUAUAUUACGCAAUGAAGUUGUUGACUCCUGAAGAAACAAAGAGAACCCAAGAAGAACGACAUUUGCAACUGGUAUCAAUGAAAAACAACAUUGAGAAAGAGCGUACACGUUUGAUGAAACGUACAAGUGAAAUAUAUCAGAGGCGUCAGGAGCACCAAGAAGAACAAAUGAGAGUGGAAGAAGAGCGCAAGAAACUCGAGAUGCAACAAAAGAUUAAUGAAGAAAAGGCAGAAAAGGAACGUCGUGAGGAAGCCCUCAGACAGAUGGAGAUUCAGAGACGUAAGGAUGAAAAAUACAAGAUAAAGAGUGAAACUGCCCAGCAAAUGCUUCAAGAAAUUCGCAAGCUUGGUGGCGCUCAGUCCUCCAAGAUUAUGAUCAAGGGUAAGACACUAGAUGAAAUUAAUGUUGAUGAUGUUAUCGACGGUUUUGUUGAAUAUGACGAUUUGGAAAAGGCACAAGAAGAACAAUUGAUUAAGGAACGACAAGAAUGUAUUAAGCAGCGUAGAGCUGAAAUCAAGCGUAUAGACCACUUUGUUAGGGCUAUACGUGAACAUGAUAUAUUGCUGUAUCCUGAAUGGCAGAACAGUACCUGUCAAGAGGACACUAAACUCCUCAUGGAAGUUCAGAAGCGACGUGAAUCUAAAUUUAAAGAAGAUUCUGAAGUCAUGAAGCAAGAAAAGGAGGCCUUCAUGAAAUAUAUUGAUGACAAGAAUAAAUGGGUAGAAAAUCACAUGGCUAUUAGACGUCAAAAGUUUGAAAGGGAACACGCUGAACAAACGAGGCGCUUUAAAGAGAUGCUAGUCAAGGAAAAGAUACAGAGAGCAAGGGAUAGGCGAAUAGCUGAAAUCCGCCGCCAAGAAGCCAUAAACGAAGCCAAGAGGCGUGAAGAAGAAAUGAGGCGCAAACAACUUGAAGAGGAAAAGAGACUAGAGGAAGAGGCUUUGAUGAAGCAAAAGCUUGCUGAAAUGGCAGAAAAGCAACGUGCCAAGGAGCUUGAAAUCGAGAAGCGUCUAAUGGCCUCAGGCGAAAGUCGCUCUACUGAACCAUCUAGAUUUAUCGCUAACACUACCAAAAGUUCGCAUAAACAACCAGACGAUGAUUCUGAAGUCUGGAGAGCUGAACCAAAGAAAUCACAACCCGCAAAACCCUUCCGGUCACUAGGCAGAAGACAAACAGAUAUUGGUAAAAAGUCAUCUGACGAAGAAUCAAGCUGGAGGCGUUAG